ACAACCUUCGUACCCCUCACUUGUUAUUUAUAAAUUUAGUUGAAACCUAAAUAUUGCCUUUAUUUUAUUUAAACGUUCUAAAUAAAUUCUUCAAAAUGCCGAAAGCUGAAGUUGGAACGCCAAAGUAUUUGGCAAAUAAGAUGAAAGCCAAAGGAUUGCAGAAGCUUAGAUGGUAUUGUCAAAUGUGUCAGAAACAGUGUCGAGAUGAGAAUGGCUUCAAGGGUCACAUCAAUACCGAGGCGCAUCAACGUCAAAUGCUGCUUUUUGGACAAAAUACUGGAUCUUACACUUAUCAAUUCUCAAAAGACUUUUUCGAUUCAUUUAUGGACAUUCUCAGAAGGCAAUUCGGUACAAAACGAGUCAAAGCUAAUAAAGUAUAUCAACAAGUUAUUGCCCAUAAAGAUCACGUCCAUAUGAAUUCAACUCGAUGGCACACACUCACUGGAUUCUGUCAAUGGCUUGGAAAAAGUGGAAUUUGUGUAGUGGAUCUAAUUGAGGAUGAAUGGUGGAUUACUUACAUUGAUAGAGAUCCCGAAACUUUAGAAAGGCAAAGAAAAGCUGCUAAAAAGAAGAAAAUGGAUAAAGAUGACGAAGAACGUUUGUUAGAAUUUAUCGAGCAACAAGUUGAGCGGGAUAAGAAGAGAAAAGAUGGUGAAAAUGAAGAAGAAUCCGAAAAGAAAUUUACAGAAUUAGUGCGAGAAAACGAAGAAGAGAAGAUAAAGUUAGAACUAAAGGUUUUUAAAAAACCAGAAGUUCCAAUACAUCUGCCUCCUCCUGCAAAAAUUUCACGGAUUGACAAUUCAGAUACGAUGAGUGAAAAAUCGUAUAAAAGCACGAAAUCCUACAAGAGCGAUGGCGGAAGUUCAAGCAAAAAAUCAGCUCUUGAAGAAUUAAUGGAACAGGAAGAGAGGAAAAAAGAACAAAAAAAUCGUAAGGAUUAUUGGCUUGCUGAAGGAAUCGUAGUUAAAGUCAUGACAAAAUCUUUGGGUUCUGAUUAUUACAAACAAAAAGCUGUUGUCAUUGAAGUUGUUGACAAAUAUCGUGGAAAAAUCAAACUUCUUGAAACAGGCGAAAAGUUUAAAGUCGAUCAAGAGCAUCUUGAAACUGUCAUUCCAAAGAUUGACGGUCGCGUGAGGAUUCUUAAUGGUGCUUAUCGCGAUUCAACAGCAACUCUGAAGAGCAUUGAGACUUCAAAAUUUAGUGUAACUCUUGAAAUUGAGAAAGGUCCAUUCAAAGGACGAAUAAUCAGCGGAAUUCCUUAUGAAGAUUUCUCGAAGAUCUACGAUAAAUAAUUUCUUUGAUUUCUUUGAUUUGAACAUUUAUAAAUAUUAAAAUAAAAUUUUAAGCUGAAAUUUACAAACAACAAAGUUGUUUUAUAAUGUUUCAUGAAUUAA